GGAACCAUUUGUGCUAUUUAUAAUUUUACAUACUUUAAACAGAUUUCUAUUUGGUAAUAAAUAAAGUAAUGAUGUCAAAUCUUCGGGGCGUCUCGCCCUUAUCAGAAGCAAUGUCCGACACGACGCUAGAAAGAAAUCGUGGAGAAAAGGCGUUGUUAACCAAAACGCCCUCUCAAAGCCAAGUAUUUUUACAUAAAACAACAAGUAAUAUGCUUAAAAAUUACUCUGAUAAAAAUGGAAACGACGUUACGAAGACUGUUCAUAAAGGCCGCAAAACCUUUGCGUUUUGGACACUAGUGUGCCUAUUAUUUAUAUUGGCUAUCGGGAAUCUGGUUCUCACGUUCACCAUUCUCGCUGUAUUAAGACUUGGGCAAGGCCUUGAAAGUAUGGAGUUUCUCCCAGAGCACAACGCUAUCAAAUUCUUCGGAUUAACAGAUUUAGAUCAUAUUUAUAAGAGAGAUGGUUUGAUAGAAAGCUUCAGAGACACACCCAUGAGUAUAACGAGUGAAAAUGGUUCUGUAGUCUUCAAUUUGCAGACCAGAUUAUCACGCACGGAUACAAAAUUGGUGGUGAACACGUCUGGAGUCUUCAUCAAAGGGGUGAACUCCCUCGAACUGACCGACCCUGACUCCGGCGAGCGGGUGUUCAGCACCGCGAACCCGGAGAUCACGGUUACUGAAAGCAUUAAUAACUUGAAUGCUAAGCAAGUAUCAACGAAACGCAUCUCAUCACCAGUUGACGAGGAUCUCACUUUCCGUUCUGAAACAUCAGCCUACCUCCGAGGAGCGGAAGGCACUCACAUGGAAUCGAAGGAACUGUUCUGGAGUGCUGACCAGGAUAUCUACUUGAAAUCAAUCAACGGUUCUGUUGUCCUAAGCGGUAAAGAAGGUGUCUUCAUCGAUGUCAGAUAUUUGCCGAUAGCGAUACCCCUUAACAAAGAUAAGUUCCAUGGCACGGGGCAGUUUAAAGUGUGCGUCUGUAUGCCCCAAGGGAAAUUGUUUAGGAUAGCAGUUCCCAAUGGACAAAAGAUCACGUGUUCCCAUGUUAAUAUGACCGGGGAACUGAAUCCUUGUAUGUAGUGGUGUUUAUAAUAUAUAUAUGUGUAAUAGCUGUAGAUAGUAGUCAUAUAAAUGUAUAUUUUAUGUGUAUAAUUAUUAUAAUAUAAAUGUACUCGAACUCAGAACAUAAAUCAAAGUUUUUGGGAGUAAAAUGAGUGGUUGGUAUGAUGAUUUAAAUAGUGUAACUGUGUUUGCUUAUUUGUGCCUUCUCAAUACCCCUUUUUUGCGCUGCAAAAAGUCAUUGCGCAAUUCCUUUAUGUGAAGUGGGGGCGGGGGUAAUCUGGGACUCGCCGGUGCCCAGGACGCUCAGUGCGCCUUUUUUUUCUAGGUGGUACAACGUGGGAAGUGGGGGUAUGUGUGACUCGCCGUUGCUCAGGACGGCACUAGUACGCCCUAAACUAAAAAUCUAGCGGUACUCUCUCCGUCUUUUCAUGCGGGCUUCCAAUUCGUAAGAGGCGAUUCUAGGGUGUACUGAGAACCCUACUAGUCACUGCAGCACCUAUUGAGGCGGGGGGAGAGGGUGUCCGUAGCGUAGACGCUUAGUGCGCCCUAGUACACCGGAAUAUCCGCUAUAAAACCAACGGUAGCCUCUCCGUGUCUUCGGGCGCCACGGGAUCGCAUGCUACCGUGAAUUCUCAAUACCUAAUACCCCAUGCUGAUAUACGUUAAGAACAGCAGUAGUCGGAAUCUAAAACUAGUCCAAUCGAUUUAUUUUUAGGAGAUUAUGGAAUUAUUACGUACAAUUGUCUUCAAAUUAUAAGUAUAUAUCGUAAGUCAAGUAUUACCCUUGUACCUAGUCAUUGUUAUUUUUAAUUAAAAAGUUGUUAACCGUGC